AUCUUUUAUAUAUAUUAUAUAUACACAUAUAUCUACUUAUUUUAUUUUAUAAUCAUGACCGAUUCACACCUUCUUCGGUCACAUAUAUCUGAUGAUGACGAAAUAAAUAUGGAUGCAAUAUCAACAAAAAGAAUGGGGAAACGACCAGCAGCAACAAAUGGCAACCGAAUUCAAUUUUUACCAGAACAUCGAUAUCACCAAUUACAACAACAAUCACCUAAUAUAUCCGAUAACGAAGAUGACGAAGAAUCUGACUUGGAAGCUCCAGCAUCACUUUUAGUAGAACAGAAACCCUCACCUUCAAAACAAGACCAAGUAGGAGGUUAUCCAUCUUCGGCGACUGCGGCGGCAGGAAAGUCACCAACUCAACUUUUACCGAGGAAAAGAACUACGUGGCAACAGCAACAGCAAACAGCAAAUACACAAGAACAUUUAGGUUCCACUAGACAUCAUGUAUCUACUUUUGACAGAACAAUGUGGCGUUGGACUAAUGUGGAAAAUAUGGAUGACUUUUUUCAAAGGGUGUAUAACUAUUAUCAAGGAAAAGGAUUAUACUGUAUACUACUAGCUCGAUUAUUGAAUCUUUUGAUUUUGGGUUUUUUGAUCUUCUUCUCUACUUUUUUGGUCGGCUGUGUCAAUUAUUCUGAAAUACCAAAUCAUCAUUCUCUAUCGGAAGUUGUUAUACCUCAUUGUUAUUCAAGAUUAUCAUCAUCCACAUUUCUUUUUUUAUUGAUGUUUAUUAUUUGGUGGAUUUGGCAAGCUAUUCGAUUUAUAAGAGAUAUACCCUCAUUGAAAGAAAUGUAUAAUUUUUAUCACCAUCUAUUAGAAAUACCUGACAAAGAUAUGCAAACAGUCUCCUGGCAACAAAUCUUGGGUCGCAUUGUUGACAUCCGUGAAACGAAUCCAAACACCGCUCGUUCUUCUCCUCUUCGUUUAAAUGCGCAUGAUGUAGCAAAUCGAAUUAUGCGAAAGGACAAUUACUUGAUUGCUUUAUUCAACAAGGACAUCUUGAAUAUCACCAUUCCUUUACCAUACUUUCGACAUAAAUACAUGUUUACUCGUGAUCUUGAAUGGAACCUAUCUUUUUGUGUACUAAGUUAUGUAUUUGAUGAACGUGGACAACUUCGAAAACGAUUUUUACGAGAAAAGAAUCGUCCAUUAUUAGUAGCAGGAUUACGUAGGCGUUUUAUCUUUAUGGCCCUUUUGAACUUGGUGUUUACUCCUUUUAUUCUGGUUUAUCUUGUGGUUCAUUUCUUCUUUCGGUAUUUCGAGGAAUUCCGUAAAAACCCAAGUGAAAUUGGAUCAAGAGGUUAUUCUCCCUUUGCCAAAUGGAAAUUCCGUGAAUUCAAUGAAUUACCACAUCUCGUACGCAAUCGUAUUAGUACAAGUGUUCCCAUCGCCAACAAAUAUAUUGAUCAAUUCCCCAAAGAGAAGACAGCAUUACUGGCGAGAUUUGUUGCAUUUAUCACUGGUUCACUUGCUGGCGUUCUUCUUAUCUUGACAUUAUUUGAUUCUGAAGCAUUGGUGAACUUUGAAAUCACAUCAAAUAGGACAGUCUUCUUCUAUAUGGGAUUAUUUGGUGCGAUUUUUGAAGUUAGUAGACGAAUGAUUCCGGAUGAACAUUUAAUCUUUGAACCAGAAGUAUUACUUCGACAAGUAGUAGAACAUACUCAUUAUUUCCCGAGUGAAUGGCAUGGUCAAUUACACAGUGAUGAAGUUCGAUCCCAGUUUUGUCAACUCUUUGAUUACAAGGUAUCUUUAUUUUUACAAGAGCUAAUCAGCGUUAUCUUUACUCCGGUUAUUUUGGGUUUCUCACUUCCUUCAAGCGCGGAUCAGAUUGUGGAUUUUUUCCGGGAAUUCUCAGUUCAUGUGGAUGGUCUAGGUUAUGUGUGUAGCUUUGCUCAAUUUGAUUUUGAAAGACAUGGUAAUGUGAAAUAUGGCGCUCCUACCAAAAUAGAUGAUGAUUACUAUGUCAGCAAAGAAGGAAAAAUGGAAAAAAGUUUUUUGAAUUUUAAGGCCAAUAAUCCUGAAUGGGAACCAACGGAUUUAGGUGGCUCUAUGUACCUUUCUAGACUAGCAGCAUUCCAAAAGACAAAGACGGAAAAGUUAGACCGAUUAUCAACGAGAACCAAUCGAUUUGCAAAUGAAUCAUCUUCAAAAUCAUGGAACAAUGAUGGCGAUGAUAUAGAUAGUAGAAAUGAGGAUCAUAAAGACAUAGAUCAGCAUGGAUUACAACAAGAACAUGAAGAUCAUACUAUACAACAACAAUCAACGGAUGAUGAAGAUCUCAUGGAACAGGCCUAUUCACCCACUGGAUUUGCAUUUCAACGAACUCAUUUUGUACCAACAAUUCAUCCCUCAAGUAUGGAACUAUCAGAACCACGUAUGAUAUCUCAAUCCACAACAAAAACAACACAAUUGAACCAAUAUGGUGUCCCAGAAGGUCGAAUACCCAGUAAUCUCGGAGAUUCUUUUGCAAGAACAAGAUCAGAUAGUCCUACAAUGAAUAAUGAAGAAGAAGAAGAAGAAGAAAUUACGGAUCCAAAUCAAGUACCUGGUAUGAUUGGAUUAUUGAAUCAAUUCUAUGAUUUAAAUAAUGGACCUGUAGUAUAGUUUAUUAGUAUAGUUAUUUUAUUUUUUUUUUUGGAAAUAAAAAAGGUAUACAUAUAUAUAU